GACAGCUACAACUAUUCAUCUGAAACAGGCAGUAGCCAAUCCAGUGGUGUGCCCUGCAACCAGGAUGGCAUCAUGGACUUCACCCGGAGCUACUCCCCUGUGGUCUACAGCCUGGUGUUUGUGCUGGCGCUGGUGGGUAACAUCCUGGUGCUGUGUGUGCUGAUGCGCUACCGCACCUCUCAGACAGGUGGGACCUGCUCCUUCUCCCUCACCGACACCUUCCUGCUCCACCUGGCCGUGUCCGACCUCCUGCUGGCCCUCACGCUGCCCCUGUUCGCCGUCCAGUGGGCCCGCCAGUGGGUGUUCGGCGUGGCCGCCUGCAAGAUUUCCGGAGCCCUGUUCUCUCUGAACCGCUACAGCGGCAUCCUGUUCCUGGCCUGCAUCAGCUUCGACCGCUACCUAGCCAUCGUCCACGCCAUCAGCACCGGCUGGAAACGCAACACCUGCCAUGCACAGAUUGCCUGCGCCCUGAUCUGGACAGUGUGCUUGGGCCUGAGUGGGGUGGACAUCGCCUUUAGACAGGUGGUGAAGGUGGAAGUGGGGCGCUCGGGGGAUCAUCAGGGCCUGCUGGUGUGCCAGACAGUGUUCACCCAGAGCUCAGUGCAGUGGCAGGUGGGGAUGCCGCUAGUAAACUUGGUGCUGGGUUUUGGGCUGCCCCUGCUGGUCAUGCUCUACUGCUACAUCCGUAUCUUCCGCUCCCUUUGCAACGCCUCGCGCCGCCAGAAGAGGAAGUCCCUUCACCUCAUCGUCUGCCUGGUGUCCAUGUUUGUGCUCUGCUGGGCGCCCUACAACUCCUUCCAAUUGGCCGAAAGCCUGAAGAAGCUGGGCGUGAUUAGUGGAGGCUGCCAGUUUGGCCGCACGGUGGACAUCGGGAUCCUGGUGUCUGAGAGCAUGGGGCUGUCACACUGUGCCUUGAACCCGCUGCUGUACUGCUUUGUGGGGGUGAAGUUUAGGAGGGAGCUGACCAGAAUGUGUAAGGGGCUGCUGGGACAGAGGUUCUAUCCAGGGAUGAAGGGAUGGGGAGGACAGAGGAGAGCACGGAGGACCACUGGGUCCUUCAGCUCAGCAGAGAGCGAGAACACCUCCCACUUCUCUGUCAUGGCGUGAGCCAGCCACGUGCACAGAGAGGGGUCUACCUGUGCCCGAGCACCUUUUUGUUGUUGUUCUGAACCCACAAGUCAUCGUAAAGUUGUCAAG